GAAGUGUAUUUCUACCAGCUGUCCUCAGGCCCAAGACACUUAGACCAUUUUAGGCCAUUUGCAAAGAGAGACACAAAAGAGAUGGUGAAGGCCAAGAAUCUCAACCUCAACUCCUUCAACAGAUCUGAUACUGGUAGUUUAUUUUCUCAUGUGAAGAUGUCAGAUGAAGUUGAUAAAGCUACCAAGACCAUUGAAGAAGGUCCCUAUGAUUUAGAGGCUUGGGGCAUCAUUGUCAGAGAUGCACAACAUAAGCGAAUUGAUGAUGCCCGUCAAGUAUAUGAAAAAUUGGUAACAACAUUUCCAACAUCUGGGCGGUUUUGGAAAAUUUAUAUUGAACAUGAGAUGAGAGCUCGAAAUUUUGACAAGGUGGAAAAGCUGUUCCAACGAUGCCUCAUGAAAGUGCUGAACAUCGAACUUUGGAGAGCGUAUUUAUCUUACGUCCGUGACACGAAAGCUUCCCUCCCUAGUUACAAAGAGAAGAUGGCGCAAGCAUAUGACUUUGCUCUGGACAAAAUGGGUUUGGAUAUCAGCUCCUACUCCAUGUGGAAUGACUAUGUUCAUUUUCUGAAAGGAGUUGAAGCCAUCGGUGCCUAUGCCGAAAACCAGAAGAUCACGGCUGUGCGAAAGGUGUAUCAGCGAGGCGUGAUGAACCCGAUGGUGAGCAUUGAGAAUCUUUGGAAGGACUACGUAGCAUACGAACAGAGUAUCAAUCACCUGAUCGCAGAAAAGAUGAUAGCAGAGAGGAGCAAGGAUUACAUGAAUGCCCGUCGGGUGGCGAAAGAGUUCGAGGCUCUCACCCGGGGUCUUAACCGCAAUGUUCCCUCCAUCCCUCCCAACGGAUCUCCGGAAGAACUCAAACAGGUGGAACUGUGGAAGAAGUACAUUGCGUGGGAGAAGUCAAAUCCCUUAAGGACAGAGGACCAGUUGUUGUUGACCAGACGUGUGAUGUUCGCAUACGAGCAGUGCCUCCUCUGCCUUUCCCAUCACCCCGACAUCUGGCACGAGGCAGCCUCGUUCCUUGAAUCUGCCUCCAAGGUCCUCCUUGAAAAAGGGGACAUCAAUGCAAGCAAGACCUACAACGAGGAAGCAGCCAACAUCUACGAGAGGGCAAUUGCAGGAGUAAUGCAGAAAAAUGCCCUCCUUUACUUCGCUUAUGCAGACUUUGAGGAGGGGAGGCUCAAGUAUGACAAAGUUCACCAGAUCUAUGAUCGCCUUAUCCAGCAACAGGAAGUGGAUCCCACUCUGGCUUAUGUACAGUACAUGAAGUUUGCUCGUCGAGCAGAAGGGAUCAAGUCAGCUAGACAGGUCUUCAAGCGAGCACGUGAGGAUGACCGCACCAGAUAUCAAGUUUAUGUUUCAGCUGCUCUCAUGGAGUACUAUUGCACAAAGGAGAAGUCCAUUGCCUUCAAGAUAUUUGAGUUGGGCUUGAAAAAAUUUGGAGACAUUCCGGAAUAUGCUCUUGCCUACAUCGAUUACCUCUCUCAUUUGAAUGAGGACAACAAUACUAGGGUUCUCUUUGAGAGAGUCCUUUCAUCAUCAACUCUGUCUCCUGAAAAUUCUGUAGAAGUGUGGAAUCGAUUCCUGGAGUUUGAGUGUCAGAUUGGAGACCUAGCAUCAAUUGUGAAGGUGGAGAAGAGGAGAGCAGAAGUCUUGGAAAAGGUGAAGGAAUACGAAGGGAAGCAAACAGCUCUGCUGGUGGACCGAUAUCGCUUCCUUGAUCUCUUCCCUUGCACUCCCAUUGAACUCAGGAGCAUAGGAUACAAGGACAUGGGCGUGACUGGAGUGACAUCAGGUUCAAUACCAAUGCGCCCACUCAUGGAUGCCUUGGAAGAAUAUGCACCCCAGACCUCAUACCCUGUCCCUGAUCUCUCCCAAAUGGUUCCAUUCAAGCCCAAGCUUCAAUGGAAUCCUGGAGAACACCCCAUUCCUGGAGGAGGGUUCCCAAUGCCGCCUGCAGCAGUGUCUCUGUGCCAACUCCUUCCACCUCCACAGUGUUUCCAUGGACCUUUCGUCGUCGUGGAUUCUCUCACCGAAUCCUUCUCUCGCAUGACUCUCCCAGAAUCAGUGGAAGUGCAGGGAAUGGGAGAUGGAGGAUUAGGAAGUGGAGGAGAAGAAAAUAGUCAGAUCUCAGCGAAAUUGUUUGAAUACGCCAAAUCUGUGCAUUGGGUGAUCACGGACGGUGAAGGAGGUCACGGGCAUGGGCAUGGAAGUCAUGGUACAAAGAGGAAAGGAGGGGAAUCCGAUGACGAAGGGGAUUCUUCCUCCAACCCUCCACCCUUCACAGACAUCUAUCGCAUGCGACAGCAAAAAAAGAUGAAAUAAUGUAUCUGCACAUUACCUUCCCCGCUCACCGACUGAUCGCGGCAGUCCAAAUCGGUUUCUCCCCUGGACAAAAUUUCCUUUCCCCUUUUGUUUUUUUGGCAUUUUCUCACUGGAUUUUUCAUGAAGUUCUUUGAAUUAGGGU